ACCGCCAUCUUGAAACCUCGCGCCCCCUCCACCAUACCUACGUCACUUCCUAUCCCUUCGGACCGACGGUCUCUUAGCGCCUCCCCUUCGUGGAACCAUAGAGAGUACCAAAAAACUCCCUGACCAGAGUCUUUUCCUCUCCAAUACAAUACCGAAUUGGUUGGCUGUGGGCUAAGAGCCCGCCUCCCUCACGGAUUACGAAGGACUCCACGUAGAAUGACGGUUCCCAGGUCCAAUAGAAAUCAGUACUAGGAAGCAAAGCGGAUAUCUGAUUGGCUGGCGCGAGGCCUCUGGCCCCCCCCCGAUGCGUCUUGACCUAAUUUCCGGGAGCGCUGUUUAUUGCGCAACCUGAGAGCCCGUACGUUAAAGACAGGAUUGUGUUUUGUAGUGUUUCUGCAUCCUGAUAAUUGUGCAUGGUUUUGGGUUCUCAUUACGAACCUGGCAGUAUGGGCCUGCCUUUGGGAAGUGUUAACUUGUCACUGUUUCGUGCGAUUUGCUAUGGUCAUGUGGGUGCCCAGUCCAUCUAUGGGUUCAGUAAUGGUUUAUAGACGCAGUGUUUGUAGGUGUGAACAAAUCAGUGCCCAUAUUCGGGUCCCAGAUUGCUAAUCUACAGUAUUAUUUUUUUAAGAGGCGAUGAGGGGAUACAUGUGCAGUCACUUUUAAAUUUACAAAUGACAAGGUUGAUAUAUAUCAAUUACUUUCCCAACUGGUUUUUUCACCAGCCCGAAGCCCUCUAUGAUGUCACUGUUCGUUUUGGAUUAUUCAAUUAUCUCUAGUCUUUGUCAUUUCCUUUCCUCUAACAUUCCUUGAAACUCGUCCCCUCUUUUUUCUUCUUAAAGAUUGUGUCAUGAAAGCACCAGUUCCUGACUUUGAAUUUGGAAGAUCACCACUACCUACCUUUUCAGAUAUUUAGUGCUACAACUUCUUUAUUGGAGAAAUGUCUUCAAAGCCACAGGAGGAUAGAGAGAGGCUGGCUCAAGCUGCCAAAAUGUUCUUCUUUCACAUACAAGAUAUUUCUUCCUUCACAAACACACUUAUCGAAUUGUUUAACCGAAAUAUGAAUACUCAGAUCCUCUUGACAGCCGUGAAGGAAGAUGUUAACAUUAAGGAUUUCUUUGAACAAAUGCUCAAAAUUGUUACGGAGAUGCAAUCUGUAGUGGAUACGAUGAACAAAAACAUGCAAGAUGAGCCUUUACAUUGUAAGAUUGCAACAGCUGUGAGCUCUGUGGUCGAGCAGAGUACCAACGUAAAGGAGUUGCAUCAGGCAGCCAAAAAAGUGUUCAAAAAUGCCCAUAUACCACUCAUUGUCUCUGUUCUGAGUCGUGGCAACGUCCUUGGGAUUUUGAUAUCUUCUAUUACACUCUUGAUGAAAUUUCCCAUCAUGAAUCUUCGAUUGAGUGACUUCUAUAGGAAAGACACCAAAGAGCAAUCAGAUACCACCACAUCUGGGGAAAGCAUGAGUUCAGGUCCUCCUGAAACCAACACAACAGAUACGUUGAAAAAAUUGCAGGAGGCGCUAAAAGAUGAGAAUGCCAAGAAUCCCAUAGAAUCAGCUGCAAAUCAGUUGGAGGAAAUUGUCAAGACUACGGGGCCAGUCUUAGAGAUCCUCCAAAAAGCCACCAAGUCUAUGGAGACCAAUCUUCCCCUGUUUAAGAAAGUUAGUGAUAAGUAGGGGCACAAGAGAAAUAUUCAUUUAUGUCAGAAAACCAGUCCACAUUUUAUGCUUUUUCAAAGUACUUGCUGAGAACCUUUGAUGACAGACUUGUGGGUCUGUUGGAACGUAAGUACAUAGAGUAGUCACCUGGCAGACCAUUUGCCUCUAGUGGUGCUUUAUUAAAAUAAAGAACAAAUCGAAGCCUGCUUGAAAUAAGUUACUAAAGAGACUGUAUUAUUGCUCAAAAAAUCAAGGCAGUAGCACAUUUGAAAAUCUUUCUAAACAUUAUAUUUCAUCUCAGAGUAUAACUAGAAUACCGUUUAACUUACCUUCACUCUUACUAAUUCUAUUUCUAGUUACUACAUUUGGACAUCUAAGUAAAUGUGAGCUUUAUUAUCAGACAAUGUCAGAGAAGACUGUUCAGGCUUAGGAAAGGAAAUAAAACAGCCUUUUGCAUCUUUGUCACUAAUACACCAAUUUCUGUGUAUGUCAGUGCCUUGCUCAUCAUAAAAAAAAAAAUAAAUAAGCCAUCACUAAAUAUUUUUUUAGGUGAUCAGUUCAGAAGUACAUAAGAACAGUGAAUGAGCAGUAAUAGAAAAUUUGCUUGUUUAUGUGAUUGGGAUCAGAGUGUGUAAUUUAUUCUUAUUUGUCUCCUACCAAGGUCUUAUGAUCAGAAGGUAUUAGAUGCUGAAAAUGGAGGCACUCUAGCCUUUCACAGAGAAAAGGCUGUAACACUUGCAAAAGUAGGAUAUUUGAGAUGUGCUUAAAUUGGCCAAAAACCUAGGAAUGUCCACCUGCCUACGAUAAAGUCUUCGGCCCUCAUGCAUGAUAAAUGAGUAUGUAUUCUUAAGACUUCCCUUGAAGUUACUAUUCCACACGAUACCUAAUAGGAACUUUGUUGAGAAUAGGAAAGAAAAUGAUUAACUCUGGUUCUUUAUUGGAAUUUCCUUCUGAUAAUACCAAAGAAUUUUUUCUCAUUUAAAAAGAAAACAUAUUUUCCUAUACGCUGUGCCAAACAGAACAAAAAAGUCUGAAGCAUGAGAGAGAAACUAAAAGGGGAAGAAGUGAAGUGUGGUUGUUUGAUGGAGAGGAAGGAAUGAGGCACUUAUGUACUCUUUAGCCUGCUGUGCAGUCACUUUGACAUUUCACUUAGGUUGCCAGCCUCAGUCCAGAGCAUAACUCCAAAGCCAAGGUUACCUUUAUACAGGCAGUACCUGGAUUACGAACAUCAUACUUAGGGACAACUUGUACUUGAGAAUGGACUGCCAUAAAGCCUAUUAUAUUAAAAAUUAAAUAUAGUGGUUUGUAAUAACGAACGCAUGCACUGCUUUGUGACACUCAUGAAAACAUUGCAUGGUUUGGAAGUGUUUCUUAAGUGUUUUAUAUGCAUAGAAAGGUAAAAUAUAUACUAUAUACUAAAACAGACUGACACUACUUAAGAACUGUAUGUACCUGCUCAACUUAACUAUAAAUUCAACUUAAAGACAGACUUAGGAACAGAUGUCAUUUAUAACCCAGGGACUGCCUGUAAUUACCAUUGUAAUUUUCAAUAAGGAACUGUUCUUCUCUCUCCUACCCCCCCCCCAAAACAGUAAGAACUUCAGCAUGUCCUGUGGAAAGGGACAGGUGGAUUUUGAACACAAACAGCACUUAGAUGGCCUGGAAAAAGGAUGAGUUUCAAUACAUUAACUCUGUAUUUUCCUUUAGCACUAAAGCUGAAAUCUUGCUCAUUUGCAAUAGGGAUCCAUUAACUGUCUUAUUUUGUGAAAUAUGUUGAGCUGAUUGCUACAUGCCCCUAAAGAAAAUAUAAGUGAGAGGAAGGAAGUGGGGUCUCACUUUACUUUUGCUGAACCUGUAUGUGUCCAGAGUCUCACCCUCCUUCUCUUGACUUUAGGGUUAUUUCCCAGGAUGUUGCAAGUGCUAGGGGUGGGAGAUUCAUAUGAAAAUGAAUAGGCAAGGACUAAAAGAGUCUUAGGGUAGAGCCUUUCUGUGAAAUGGCUGGAAAAAUGACUGGUGACAGUUUAAGGAAAGUUAAGCAGAUGCCAGUGGGAAUGGCAGCUAGCGUAGGGGUAUUAGAGAUGGUUGGUGCCCAUUUCAAUAAAUAUGGCGGUCGUCAGAUGCUGGUAGGCUCCUCCUGUGCGGCUGGCCAUCAUUCACAGUGCCUCUCAUAGACAUUUUCCUACUAUUGGGUGCCAUCAAUCUGCUUGCUCUGAUGACUUUUCUUAUGCUGCUGCUUCUCAGCUUAUGGAAAUACAGGGGGAAAGCUGCACUCUUCUCAAACUUAUCAUUUUCGUUUAAUGUUUAUCUCAAAUACUUUGGUCCUGGGUUCUUAUUUUCUGUAAAAACCCUUCAAUUUUUGAAGUACAAACUGGGAACAGUAUGGCCUAAUUGUCUGAAUGAUGUGGAAAUGGUAAGGGAGAAAGAAACUACCAUAAAACAAGCAAAAAACACAAGUCAUUUAGUAAAGAAAGAUUCUUCACUUCUUAUCUGUCACAAAUGUGUGAUACAUCUUGAUAUCUGUGAAAGCACCUAACUCAAUAAAUGUUGAAUUUUAUCAAAUCAAGAACUAACCUAUUCAAUAUAAGUCAAUUUGUUUCAGAUCAUUAGGCAAUUCAGGCCAAGAAUCCUGAUUCACCGAGUAAAUCAAACUGUGCAGAAGUUUUCUUUUGCUGGCUUGAUUUUUUUUAAAGAGUAAAUGGGGAAUGUUAGGACAAUGAGAGGCAUAUUAGAGAUAACACUGUGUUAUAAAAUACAAAUAAAAUAUUAAAUGGGAGCCAGGAUAUUUUUGUACAGAUAAAGAGAAGAGAUGCACGUAUUACUUUGAUAAAAUCACUAAGAAUAGAUAAAAUUACUAUAGGAGAUAAAUACUGUACAAUCUCAUAAUAUAUUUUAACCAUCUGUAAAUUUAUACAAAAUUGAGGUUCACUUCAUCUCCAGAAGAUAUCCCAGGCUAUUGGAGGAGCAGAGAUUACAGUGAGCUCUCUGAAACUGUUCUCCUGAAGUUUCAUGAUGAGCAUUGAACUUAGACUUUGAAUCAAUUUACAUCAAUGGUCCACUUUACAACUUCUUGCUCAAACACUUUGGACUAUAGGAAGAGACUGAAGAAAUGCAAGUCGUAUAUAUUCAUCCUUAAUCAAACCCAUAAAUCUACAUAAUUUCAAAAGAAUCAUUCCUGUCUCCAGAGAUCUGUUCU